AUGUUACAUCAAUCUGUGUUAGGUGGUAUAUGUUGGUCAUCUAUCAGUAACGGCCGUUGUAAGGAACUAUUAUCGCAAAGUAUCACGAGAGAAAAUUGUUGCGCAUCUAAUGCAGCAGCAGCGACUGCAUAUUCUGAUGAGGAUCUGGAUAGUGGGAGUCUUUUCUUCUGGAGAGUUCUUGGUGGAGGUGUGCAAUGUCGUCCUUGUCGAGAAAGUUGCGCGGAAGUGAGGUGUGAAGAAGGAAAAAAGUGCGUGGUACGAAGAGGAAGACCGAGGUGCGUGUGUAGUCCAGAGUGUAAAGCACCGCGUGAUAGUGGGCCGGUCUGUGGAACGGAUGGUAAGAGUUACAAAAGCUAUUGCAGACUCAAAAAACGAGCUUGCAAGAAAAGCAGUUACGAACUCGCGGUUGCCUACAACGGCUAUUGUCAAAGUUCGUGCGCGCGGGUUCGAUGCGGCCAAGGUCGGAGCUGUCUGCUGGAUCAAAACUUAAGUCCUCACUGUGUGAGGUGCUCCCGCAGGUGCCCCCAAGCACUCCCGCAUCAGAUUGUCGGCGCACGUCCUGUCUGUGGAACCGAUGGAAAUACCUACAAAAGUGCGUGCCACCUGCGACUCGCCGCUUGCCGCGCAGGUCGCGCCAUUCCCGUCGCUUAUAAGGGUCAUUGCAAAC